AUGUUUCAAGGAUUCCCAUCAAGGAUAGGGGUGCAGAAAAUCGAUCAGUACGAGGAUGAAAUUGUGAGAAAAAUUGUGUUUGUGGAGGAAUCGUGGGUUUUUCAUGAGCCACCAUCGGAUAUGAUCAAUCUGAAGAGCAUAACCGAGUAUCUAGAUGCAUCUGAUUUGCAUAAAAUAACCCAACUGUCUACCACUCAAAAUGUUGAGAAUAAGUGUAAUAUGGGAUUCAUGCCAGACAAAGUUGAGAAGGAUCGUGAAACUAAAUUGGCUUCAAACCAGCAUACUUCACAACAGGAACUGGAUAGCAUGAAUACUGAGGUAGAUUCAAACAAUAAUCAAAAUUUCUUCACAGACCAAGAAGGAUAUCAAGGAGAUGGAAGUUUUGAAUACUUUGCAGAAAGGGGAAAUUCUGUUUCAAAGAACAUUUGGAGUACGAUACAGGUUGUUUGGAAGACCGUGGAUGGGAAACAACAGGCUCAAUGA